AUGAUGCCUCGGUACAGGGACAGAUCACUUCCGAUUAUUCGACCCUAUUUACGGAGAAAUAUCGUCGAAGGAAUCUAUGCUAACCAGGAGCAUUAUCUGGAUGUUCAGUUUCGGUUGCUUCGAGAAGAUUUCAUUAGUCCAAUGCGCGACGGAAUUGUUCUGUGGAAGCAGCGCAAAGGACAAGAAGUGCUUAUUUCGCAUGCUGUAGACGCUAGAGAGCAACUGGAUUUAUUGGUGGUCAACGGUGUAACGGUUGAAGGUUCCCAACUGAAACGUAGCACUGGAGAAAUCAUUCGUUAUGCUUCAUUUCGGGUACAUUUGCUUUUAUUUAACUUAAAUUUUAAAAUUAAAAAUAACUUCAAAAUUAAAAUAAAUCAAAUCAAAAAUAACUUCCCAGGAAAUGCAAUUAUUUUUGCUAACUGCUUUUGUUGUAUGUGGUUUUUGGACGUAGGAUAUUUAGCGGCAAAAUCGUUAUUUCCGAUUAUCUCGACAGUCACAUUGAUAAGCCAGUUGUAG